AGUACGAACCAGAAAGGUAUUGCGGCGGACAGGUGCACACCGGUGCUGUGAGGUAAGCAUCGUUGUUGCCUCUUCUCUUCUUUACCUUCCGUGCUCCACGGUCGACUCGGCCACGAAUUCUGUUUAAGCAGACUUUAAUAAUUGUUUUAAACACUUUUUUUGGGGGGAUGUUCAAGAGAAGAGGAAGCUGGCGGGCCGCGCUGGGUCUUGGCCGACCGCGGUGCAGCAGACUCACCGCCACCAACACGAUGGACGCACCACCGUCACCACAACUCACAUCUUCUAUAAUUAACGCUAGCAUCGGCAUUACAGUGAAAGCGAACAACUCGUCUUUCUCCUCUUCGUCGCCGUCUACCUCCUUCUUGGUCGGAGCGAAGCCGCACGCAUCCCUUUUGGCUGCAUUCUCCGAAAAUGUGGUGCAGAGACGAGAACAUGCCCUCGUUGCGUCCUCACUGGCAAUGAUGCCCAGUAACGGCACUGCUCCAGUCGGGCAAGGAGAAACUCUCCAGCACGCGUUAGCCACCCGGGAUGCGUUUCGCGUCUUUUGCGCAAUUCUCCAGCAAAAACAAGAACCCGCGUUGAUCGGCGCGUGCGCUGUGGGGAAGAAUGACGUGGAGGAGAUCCUGUGCAACGCUGAAAGGGAGGCGAAUUCGGUGGCGACGAUGUUGUGUGCGUGCGUCGCUGUGACCUUAAGUCCCGCGGACUGGCCGAUUUGGGUCGCCACCCGCUUUGAGUCGUCAGGCCCCGCAUCUCGCCCAGUGACACCAGACUUUACUCCGAGGAGUAACACAGCUGGCGGCACCUCAUCAACAGCUGCGACACAGACGUGGGCGGCACUGUCGCCGCUGCACCUGCUCGCUGCACACACCCUUCGUAAUAUUGCUCGCCAGCUUCCGCGCUCCGCACAAAUUGCUGCGGUGUCUCCCUUGCCGCUCCUCCGGUGGUUGGCUCAGUUGUGCGGUGUAUGCCUCGCGCCAUCGCCACAAGCCGCGUUGAGGCUGGCGCAGGAGGUAGGAAAGGUUUCUCUGGAUGCAGCUGGGAUCGCGCUGACGGCUCACUGUGCUGCCAGCGCGUUGACUCUAUACGACACUGCCCAACAUCAACAGCAGCAGCAGCCUUUGAGUUCAGCCAAAACAGUACCGCAAGAGGAGCGGUGGCUUUCUUUGUGGACGCAGCUCACCCAGCCUUCUGCGGCGCCGCCCUCUCGGAUACCCUUUUCCUUGUCCACCGCCGUCACCUCCGGCAGGGCGGAGAACUGGUCAGACGGGCUCUCCCCAGCCGCCCUGCGAGCGGCGCGAGUCUCGUGGCACUUGCAUUGCCUCCUCACGGUGAAGGAGGCGAGCCACGCCGCCCGCCUGCUCACCGGGACGUUGCAAGAUGCGAAUGGUGCGAAGAACGAAAGCCGAAAAACGGACACGCAACGUGACGCUCGUGUGGACUCCGCAGAAGGUCUGCGCGUCGCUCUGCCUAUCACGCCUGCGACACAGGCCGAGCUUCUUGCGUCGUUGCCUCUGCCGCUGCUGGAGGAAGAUCGACUGGGGGAGCGGCUGAGCUUCAGUCUGCUGACAGAAAUGCAUAACACGAUGGACUCGCCCAUCGAGGUGUGCGCACCGCCACUGCCGCGACGACCGUGCUCCUUCGUGCCGGCUGUUUGGACGCACGCCGUCGUCUAUGCACGCAUGCUGCGGUACAUCCUGUCCUCCACUGCCCAGGUGCAACGAGAGAGCGACUACGUGCAGCACCUGCACGACUUGGCAUUGCUGCUGUCCAGCGCCAACGUCUACGCACUGGCGGCGUCGUUUGUGCCGGCUGAUCAGCCGCUGACGGUGGUGAUGGUGGCGGCGAAGGACGCGCAUCGCGAAGAACACAUGCGGCAAGUGGUGAGCGCGGUGCGUGCGGUCGUGGACGUUUUGUGCGAAGAGCCGACGCCGCCAUCUGCUUCCGCUUCCGCUUCCGCUCCGACUUCCUCUCGAACAGUCACACAAGGGGGCGGUGCACUGGCUACGACGACGGCAUCGUUGCCGUUGCGCAGCGCUGCCCGCAAGCAAACGACACGACGGGCGGAUGCACACUCCCUGCGUGUGCAGCAAUUCACGAACACGCUCGGCGCCUUCUCCUGGAAGUGGCGCGAAGACGUUAUGGGCGACGUCGACGGUGCGGUGAAGGCGGCGGUGCACCUCCUUUCCUCGUUGCUGGAGCUGUGCUCGAGUCGAAAGACGAGCCUGCCGCUCCGCAACGCCGAGCCAAAGUGGCGCCGCGAACUGCGAGAGCGCACGGCGGUUCGCGCGCACAAGUUCGAGGUACUGCUGCAGGAGCUGCCGCAUGCGGAGAUACGAGCGGUGCUGCGCACGUUACUGGGGCACGGCUACCAUCGCGAGGGCAGCCAGCUCGGGGUGUCACUGCUCAAAGGGGAUCAGGUUGAUUUGCGCUACUACACAUUGCCUUUGCUGGGAUCGCUGUACUUGGCCGUAUCUGCGUCCGCUGCUGCACAUCUGCCGGCGGUGACGGUCACGGAGGCAACGCAAGGUGCUGCCGGCGAGUCCGACAGGUGGAGGCAAUCGGUCUACCAGAUGUAUCGUCGGCGAUUUGAAAUCUACGGCGAUGCGGACCUCAACGUCCACGCACCAUCGUACACCACACUGCAGAUGGAAGGUGGAAAGACAACGACACAGGAAUGUAUGAACAGUACGCCUUCUUCGCCCUCCACGUCCACCGCAACGGCACUGGUCCGCACCCCGGAGAACAAACUGGUGGAGGCUUUGGUUCUGGCCAGCACGGCUCCCACCUCUGCUUCUCUCGAGAACGGAACAGCGGAGCUGGCCAAUUGUUUCUUGAAUCGACGCGUCGUUGUUGCUGGGCGUGGUGUCGUCGUGGACGUCGGUGCGUCGUACCGCCCUUUACACGGAGGGGCGGUGUUUGGUUCGUGGAUUCGGAAGGGUACGGCGAGGCUUUAA